AUCAAGAUGUUUAAAUAAGCUACACAAACCAUUGCCAUAUGAUUCAAAGUUCUGUACAAGUUGUGGUCCUUGUUGGAACUCUCCAGUAUUGAAGUCUUGGUUGCAAUGAAGUAAACAAAGUGAAACUGAAAAUACUAUGAGAAAUUUUAAGAAAAUCAGAGGAUAGGAAAUUUCCAGAUUCUAAAUAUAAAAACGAGUAAGCAAACAAAACCAUGAGCAGGUCAUACACAGUGAAACCAGCUGUAACCAACAGUCGAGGAAGAGGUAGAGGAGUUGCUGCUUCAACAACGGCAGGGGGAGCCUUAGGACGAGGUACAGCGGCGAGAACACAGACAGAUAGACUGACAACGCGAUACGCACAGACUGACAUGGAUCCAAAUCAGGAACAGCUCGGAGAGGGGGCCACGGGGCAGGAGCAAAGAAUGAGUCACCACGGUGCUUUCACUAUGAUUUCACCCAAUGAAAAGAAGAGGAGGGAGAUUGCAGAGCAAGCCAGACGGGAGGAGGAAGCCUAUCAGAGGCACAAGGAAAGCAACAGACUUGGUCCUGUGAACUAUGUAGGAACAGUGGGCGGUGGACAAAAAUCUCAGAGCGAUGCUCGGAAUCAACAAGCUCGCAUGCAGCAAUCCAGUAAGUUUGACAGUAUUCAAAAACGGCAAGCAGCAAGAGACACUGUGAAGAAGAGAGAGGAUGAGGAGAUUUCAAAAAAGAAAGAAGAGCAGAGGAGGAAAACUGAACAAAACAAGAGGUCAGAGGUCGAUCGGCAACAGAGACUUAAGGAGGACCAUCGCCAGAAGAAUGAGGCCUUUCUGAAAAGACUUGAGGCAGAACAGAAAUCAAAAUCCACAUCUAAAUAUAGCCAACUUGCUGCAGUGAGGGAGCCAGCUGAUGAUACAGAGGGUAGUCAAGCAGCCUCUAACACACCCGUUGAUGACCGGCACGACUCAGCACUGAGAGAACUUCAGCAGAUGUUCCCUAUGUAUGACCAGGAAACUCUGAGGGACAUUUUAUCUCAGACAGGUUCAGUGGAUGAUGCAGUCCAACUACUGUCCAGUUAACAAAGAGGUGGUAAUUUAAUUCUCUGGUGCUCUUAGGAACAAAAAAAAACCCAGACUAGUCUAAAGGCAUCUGGUCCAGGAGCGCAUUACAGGUCUUCUUACAGAUACUGCAAAAUAUUAUAAUCUAAAAAAAAAAACGUGUUUUCCUCUAUAUUAUAUUUUUAUUAGUUGUGUCCAAUGUUUUAUUUCACUCUGUUGUGUUGGUUGGUUGAAUAACUAAGUCUACAAAAUGAAUGAAGAUAUGAUAUGGUUUUAAUAUGUACCUGGUAUCAAUAAUAUUUAGAUUUUACAUAGUGAUUUUGAUAGACCCUGUGAUAUUUUUAAAAUAUUAUUUUCAAAUUCAUUUUUAUAUUAGUGCUGGGAGGCCUUGUCAUUUAAAUCCAGUCAACACUCAUCCUCAAACUAAUAUAGCAGCAGAAUAUAUCUGGGAAACAUAUCCCUCUUUACUUAAAAAAGAAGAGUUGGAGAAUAUAUACUCCUUAAUUAAGCUGAUGAAUAUUGUUUGAAAGUAAAAACCAAAUCUCUAAAAUAGGAACCGAGUCCUUCUGGUUCAGGUUUUACAUGUAUUUUCCAACAAAAUUUCUUGACCACAUGGGUUAUUCCCCAUCCAUUCUGACAGAUGGGAGAUGAUGCUGAAACCUAUUGCAGAGCAAAGAUUUGUUAUAUUAUCACGAACUACAUUUUUAUGUUUCUUAUGACAGUAACUUAAAUUUUAAAGCUUCUUCCACAUCAGUCAGUGCUGUUCUGAUUGUCAACAAAUGGGUAUACCACGCUACGUGUUUCAAAAGGUUUUGGUCUUUCAAAUUUCAAUGGAAUUCAAUUAUGAUAAGGGGCAUAACUCUUGCCAGUCAUGCUGAAUUUAGUUGGAUUUUAGCUACCCAUUUGAACAAUAGUGUAGGGAAUGUGUUUAAAAAAACCUUAAUCUUUACUUAUUACUCAAAAAUUUAAAACAUUGAACACCUUAUUUGAAGUUUAGGCAUCAUAUUUUGCUAUAAAACUAGUUUGUAAUUAAGGUAGUACUCUACAUCGUCAUAAUGGCUGACUUCCUUUAAAAACAUGGAUGAAAAAAUCGAUAUCAGCAAUAUUUGUCUUCUCCUUUUCCAUUUAAAUACCUAGCUGAGUAGCUCAGUAGGUUUGAAUACCUACUGCUGAACUGUAGGUCGCAGGUUCGAGUCCAGCAGGGGUUUUAAAUUUUUUUCAGAUUACCUUCUACUAAAACUGUAUUUUUUGACAAAAUAAAGUAACUUUGAAAAUUUUUAACUUCAAAAUAUUGUUGUACAUAUCCUCCACUUUUCAUCUUCAUCAAAUCUCUCUGGUGUAGCAUACCUCCUUAAUUUCAUGGGUUUGGCCUAUCAAUAUUUAAAAAUAACUUCAGUGUAAUGUGUCCCAAAAUUUUCUUGCAUCUCUUUUACCAUUAGUAAUUAUAAGUCAUAUGCAAGUUAAAAUAUAAUAGGAUGUUUGCUUUUAAAAUUUUGUUUGAUCAACAAGUGACGCAUAUUGAUUUCAAGAUUUAAGGAAAUACACAAUGUUUCUCAGUAAUAUAUACCGUAAUUUUUCAUGACAUUUCAUGUAGAAUUCACCUGCAUUCUACCUCAUUUCUACAAAAAAAUCCAAAGGUACAUGUAUAUUACCAUUUCUCUUUUAGAGUUAGAAAAUUUUGAUAGUUACUGGUUGUUGCAAGUAAAAAUGUAAAGCCAGCUCUUGCGUAUUACAGUAAAUUGUAUAAAUGGACAUUGCUGAAGCAAAGGAGAGAAUUUUAUUUGGAACAAUUGGGUAUCGAACCUGGGACCUUUGCAUUGCUUGUUAGGUUAUCUAACCACUGAGCUACCCAGGUGGAUUUACAAAGUACAGGAAUAUUACUACUGUAAAAACCUAUUUUGGAAAAAUUAUUUUUAGAGAAUAUGUCAGCAGAAACAUCGCAUUUAUCCAUAAUAUAUGCCUUCAGAAAUUCCCUCAAAAUCUUUGUGUAAGAAUAUGAUUUUUAUUAUAUUAAAAAUGACAUAAUAUUUAUACAUAUAUGGUCCCAUAAUACACAUGCUAGACAUUUAUGCCAUGUAUCUAUUUAUAUUUUGUAAUUUUAUCACAUGUAUUUAUAUCUUGUAAUUUAGCAUGUUUCUUUCCUAUUAGUAUAUGCAAGUUGAAAGGUCAUGUACAAGGGUACUUCUCUUUAUGAGUUGUUUUUAUGGUGAAUACCAACAAUGCUUUACUGUAGAUUAUUAAGAAUAUGCUUUACACUUAGUUAACUGGACAUAUCAGAAACUUUUAACAAAGUAUUUUUUGUUAUGGAAAUGUCUACUUUCAAUGUUGCUGGGAUAUUAUAUCCAUUUGUUUUUAAAACAUUGUACAUUUGUAAAUGAGGAAAAUGUAUAUGUAAAUAUAAACUAAACAUUGCAUUAUCUGAUGUCAUAAAUGCUUUAAUGUAAAAAUAUUUGAUGUAAAUAAAUUUCACAUGCUAUA